AUGGCAAAGCGAAAAAGCUCUGCACAAGUAAGCCCGGCCAAUAAGUCAAACAAGACUGUCGACGCGCCUAAACAGUCGAAGAUCGCCGUCUUAGGUGCACUCUACGUUCGGCUGACCAAAGUUGUUGCCCAUCCACCAGCAAACUUCUGGGAGUUACAUGAUCCAAACUCAACGACUCCAACUUCCUUUGGCUUGGUGACAAGUUUCUCAUCGUCGCUGUCGUAG